CGACUCUUAAUAACUCGCUUGCGCUGCAGUGCAGCAGCAUGUUGCUUCCUCGUGGCCAACUCAGAAAUUCGUUGAUGAUCCUGUGUGUUGUGGAGGUCGGUCGCACACCGAACAGCUCUGAACUAGACGAGAGUCUCUAUCAGCAGAGCAAUUGUAUCGGAUCCCCAGGGAGUCGCUGUCAGCUUUUAGACUUCAGGUUGAACUACAGCGCGCAAAGCGGCCAAAGCCUUGGCGUUCAUGCGCAGCAGCAGACACCCUCAACAUGACAGGGGCUUUAAUGCUGACUCCGAGUCGUGGAAACUAUUGACUACCUGAGAGUCAAAAGAAUGCAAAGAAAAAAUAAUUGCUACUCGUACUUUUAAAAUU